GAAAGAAAAGCUCGUGUCUUGCUUGUUGUUUUGUCUGAGUACCUAUUGAGCUUCUCCUGGUUGGGCGCAUGGUGGAAAGUAACGUUCGUUUGAAGUCCUCAAAGCCAAGGGAGCACAAGGUCAAUCGAGGAUCCCAGUGUGGUGGAAGCCCUCGGCUGAAAUAGGGCCUUUGCAGUGUGGAGGCAGCACGCUGCAGCCAGGACCCGUCACAUUACUCUCAGCUCCACCGUGGGACCAGGACACCUGAAUACAAGCUGCGAGGGAGAGUAGCCGAGUGAGACCGAACCCAGGGAAGCAAGGAAGCCUCCGGAGCAGCAACUGAGUCCUACUUCAGGAGAAACUUUCAUCUCUCCAGUCGAGUGUGGUUAAAACUGUUCCAGCCUCCUGUGGACCUGUUUUUAAAAAAGAGACUGCACAAUGGAUAAGGAUGCUGUACUUGACUACGAGUACCCCGACCUGGAUCCUUUACCGUCCAAAAUUGGAAAAGAAGUAAUCCUUCCAUGUGACCCUACGGCUGAUGACAAGCUCUACCACAUAUGCAUCACUGCAAUAUCUCUCGUUAUCAUGCUGAUCCUGGCCAUCUUAGCCAGACGCACAAAGGCGGGCAGCAGACAGAAGGGACUCCCCGGCUUACUCAGUCCGGUCAACUUCCUGGAUCAUACGCAGCACAAGGGCCUUGCAGUGGCCGUGUUUGGAGUGCUUCUGUGCAAACUGUGGGGCCUGAUCGCGUCUCCAAACCCCCUCCCCUUCACAACCGACACGGAGAACAAGCAGAACUGGGUGAUUCUGGGAGUCUUCUACUACCCCGCACUAUACUACCCUCUCCUGGCAUGUGGUACUUUACAUAAUAAAGUUGGCUAUGUACUUGGUAGCCUCUUGUCUUGGACGCACUUUGGUGUUCUGGUCUGGCAGAAAAUUGACUGUCCCAAAACACCAUUGAUACACAAGUACUACUCACUUUUCUCCAGCUUGCCCCAGAUAGCUUGCUUGGCAUUCCUUAGUUUCCAGUAUCCCCUUUUUCUAUUCAAGGGCUUAAAGGGCACAGAAAAGAACAAUGCUUCGGAGGAUCUCAGCAGCAGCUACUAUAAAGAUUAUGUGAAGAAAAUACUCAAGAUGAAGAAGACCACCAAAAUCAGCACAUCCAGCUCAGAGACGCCAAAGCUCUCUCAAAGAAUAACUGAUGCUGUGAAGUCGUAUAUUUAUACACCAGAGGAAGCCUUCCGGUUUCCACUGAAGUUGGCUAUUUCUGCUGUGGUGUCAUUUGUUAGCCUCUAUCAGAUUGGUCUUCUACUGAUCUCAGCAGUGGUGCCGCAUCUCCAGACUGCCCGCAUGGGGGUCGAUGAAGACAUUGCCAACGUUUUAGCUGGCUUCAAGAUCAUGCUGUCUCCGGACAAACAUGAAGUGACCAGAAUAGUGAUUCAUUACAUAUGGUGUGUAGAAGUGUGCUAUAUCUCAGCAAUGACCCUCUCUGGUUUGGUCAACUUGGCCAUGCUCAUGCGCUCCAUGGUUCUGCAUCGGUCAAACCUGAAGGGGCUGUACAGAGGAGAUAUCUAUAAUGUUUACAACUGCCAGAGACGGAUCAGGGCUUCGCGACCAGCACUGGUCUGCUGGAUGGGAUUCACCAGCUUCACUGCAGCCCACAUCUGCAUCGGCAUGAUCAUCCAAACCAUGGUAUUCUUCCUCUGCCUUCUGGUCACCGUCUUCCUCAUCUUCAUGCCUGUACUGCACGGACAGAAUCUGAUUCUCUUUCAGAUCCUGUGGAGCAUGUGGCCCUUCUGGCUGAUGAUUCUCUUGGCUGUGUUGAUUCAACAUAUCACAGGCAGGUUUUGCUUCAUCAAAAAAACGGCGGGAACACGAGACCUUGACAACAGGGGGAAUCUGUUCCUGCUGACGUACCUGCUCUUUCCAGUCAAUGUUCUGAUCGGGGUGCUACUGGCAGUGUGGCGCAUGAUCAUCACCGCCCUGUUCAACAUUGUCCACAUGGGACGAAUGGACAUCAGUCUUCUUAACCGCAAUGUGGAGGCAUUUGACCCAGCCUACCGCUGCUAUGCUCAUUAUCUGAAGAUUGAGGUGAGCCAGUCGCACCCUGUGAUGAAGGCCUUCUGCGGGAUGAUGCUGCAGUCCGUGGGCCAGGAGAGCAGCGCUGCAGAGGGGUCGCGGGGUGCUGAAGAGGGGAUCCAGCUGGUCAAUCAGGAGAAAAAACAGCAAAAGGUGUCCGACGCAAAGAGGGCCCGCAGGCACUGGCAUCUCCUCUACACCCUGGUCAACAACCCCUCCCUGGUGGGAACCAGGAAGCACUUCCUGCGCCAGGCCGCAGAGAGCUUCGUGAACGGGAGCCUGGACCGCAGCGCCAAGGAGGGGGGCAAGAAGGAGGCAGCAACCAAGGAGGCAGCAACCAAGGAGGCGGACACCGCUGCCAGCAAAUGAACAUGAACGUGACCUUGAAGAUCGGUUCAGAGUCUCUUUUGGUUUUGGGGCAAGUUAUAAAGUCACAUCAUUUGCCCACAAUAAGUGCACUAAUAGUCCAGUGCCACACGUAGAGAUAUUCAUUGAGCCUUUCUUUGUGCUCCUACUGCUAAACUGGCUGCCUUAUAUGAGGUUGAUGUGCUCCAGUCUGAUGUAGGAGUCUGUGUGCUGCUGAUCUCCCAACUGAAGACACUCAUUGUGUACUUUUCGGUGGAUUUAUGCGUUUAUUUGGGGAUGGCACCAUGCGCUUUAUGGUUCAACCUGAUGGUUGGAUUGCACGAGUUUUCCAGUACGUUGUUAUCAUACAGAGCAUGUGCAGCAAAAUGUGUUGUCACCCAAACUAAAUGCAUUAAUUCCUCUGAAACAUCCUUUUCAACAAGGCUAUUAAUAUGUAGAUUAUUUCGCUAUUUAUUAAUUUUCAGAAUGAAAUGUUUUUAUAGACAGGGUAAUACAAAUCAAAUUCAGUCGCACACGUUUUGAGUAAUUAAUAAUAACCUGUGGAAAACUAGAGAAAUGAGAUGUGUUUUCUGUUUUAUUUGUAGAUCUAACUAUCAAACCACUUGCUGCAGCGUUUCCGUAUCGUUGUCUCAGGAAUAUCCUGUCGACUUGUAAGAGAAAGUAUGAACACCCGAAUGUUUCUUUCUGAUUAAUAUGUAAAUAAAACCUAUUCAACAGUU